CUCCGCCUUUUAAAAGACUGGCCGACUCCACAGCCAUUCCCCUCCGUCUCUUUCCAGCACUGUCCUUCCCUUACCGGCGGCUUAAACCCUAGUUCCCAUUCCCCGUCGCCGCCUCAGCGCCGCCGCCGAUGGAGUUCUGGGGUCUUGAGGUCAAGCCUGGAUCCACUGUUAAGUGUGAGCCUGGACAUGGCUUUAUCCUGCACCUUUCGCAGGCUGCUCUCGGGGAAUCAAAGAAAAGUGACAAUGCCUUGAUGUACGUCAAAGUCGACGAUCAGAAGCUUGCCAUUGGAACCCUCUCUAUUGACAAGUUUCCGCAAGUACAAUUCGAUUUGGUUUUCGAUAAAGAGUUUGAGCUGUCGCACACAUCAAAAACUACCAGUGUGUUCUUCUCUGGUUACAAGGUUGAGCAGCCAAUGGAGGAAGACGAAAUGGAUCUUGAUUCUGAAGAUGAGGAGGAGCUGGACGUUCCUGUAAUCAAGGAAAAUGGCAAAGCUGAUGGGAAGGAGCAGAAAAGUCAAGAGAAGGCAGUUGCCGCAGCUUCAAAAUCAAGUCUUGUUUCUAAGAAAAGCAAGGAUGAUGAUGAUUCUGAUGAGGAUGAGACUGAUGAUUCUGAUUCUGAUGAUACCGAUGAUUCUGAUGAGGGUGAGGGAUUAUCUCCUGAAGAAGGCGAUGACGAUGAUUCAAGUGAUGAGGAUGAUACAAGUGACGAUGAGGAGGAAGAAACUCCAACUCCUAAGAAGAAGCCAGAGGCAGGCAAGAAGAGACCUGCUGAAAAUUCCCUGACUCCUCUUUCUGAUAAGAAAGCUAAGGUUGCCACACCGUCAGCCCAGAAGACAGGUGGCAAGAAGGGCGCCGUCCAUGUGGCAACUCCACACCCAGCAAAAGGCAAGACCCCUGCAAACAAUGAUAAAUCAAAGGAGAAGUCUCCAAAAUCUGGUGGCUCGGUCCCUUGCAAAUCUUGCACCAAGACUUUCAACAGUGAGAUGGCACUUCAGGCUCACUCGAAGGCGAAGCAUGGUGCCAAGUGAGUCGCAGGUACAACUGAGUCUUCGAAGGCGAAGCAUGGGAGGUUUAAGUGAGUCUGGAAAAAAUGUCGGUGGAAGUAGGCCUGGCCUUGUUUUGUUUAGAGACUAGUGGCUAUGUGAUUGUGGUAGAUGCAGCAAAACAAGGCUGUGGUGUGUGAACUUUAAUAUUCUGGGUUGCCCAGCUGGUAGUAUUUGGAUUUGUGUUGUGCUGCGAAUUGAUCGUUUUUUCGCCUUGGUGAUAUAGUAGCAUGGUCCUUUGUCGCAUUGGCUCA